ACUAACUGAAAUGUAUUUUGAAUUAAGAGAUGAAAAGCAAACAACCACUUUGCCCAGCAGCGAUGAUCCGUUAUUCGUCUUUACUAACAAAAAUAGAAAUCGCUUUGCUUAUACUCUAAUGCUCGUUAUAGAAAGAAGCUAUCGAGCCUUAUUAGAUAGAGAAAAUGAGCCUGAAGAUGAAGAAAUAACUAACCAGGAAUUGCUAUCCGAAUUAAGAAAACGGAUUAAAGAGAGAAGAAUUGAGUUUAAUUUAAGUGCUGCGGAUACCAAAAAUCCUCCUAUUAUUGAUGAAAAUACUGGACAGGAAAUGAAAGAAUGCGAGGGUUGUUAUUGUCAAUUAUUCGCCGACAGCCAUAAUGAUUUUUGCUGUGGUUGUUUAGGUUGUAAAAGUAGAGGUUGCCAAUUUGGCUGUUGUGAUUGUUAUAGUGAUGGUUCGGUUGGCUGGAAAGAUAGCGAUGGCGGAACUUCUGCUCAAUCGUAG